GCGAAGCACAUUAUCGAGAACCCGGUCCUCCAGAGACAUGAAGGAAGUUUCACACUUCAUCUUGUUCGGCCAAAGUAAAUAACAAGCGCGCGGAAACGACGCCGUGGAUAACGGAGGCCAAACACGUCUGGAUUAUAUUUCUCCAAACUGAUCCAAACCGGUCCACACAUGAGCAACAGAUGAGCUUGAUGAGGUCCAGUCACCUGAUGAAAGAGGAGUGACCACUUCACCCUCCUCUUGGUUGCACUUCAUAUCGGGGCCAGUGAGGCUGAAGAGGCUUCCCUUCAGCCCGCCUCAUUUUGUCACCAUUUCCUCUUUGAGUUGGUCCCCCAAAAGUGUUUCAAAACUGUUUCUCCAACGCUUUUUCCAGAAACUUAGACUGUUUUCCAAAGCAGAAGCAGCACAGCCCUCCCAGACAGAGGUGAUGGGAAGUGUGCGAGCCAGCCGCUACAGCAUUGUGUCAUCAGAGGAGGACGGCAUGAAGCUUGCCACUAUGGCAGUACCCAACGGCUACGGGAACGGCAAGAGUAAGGUGCACACAAGGCACCAGCCGCAAAGCCGAUUUGUAAAGAAAGACGGUCACUGCAACGUUCAGUUCAUCAAUGUGAGCGAGAAAGGGCAGCGCUACUUGGCUGACAUCUUCACUACGUGCGUAGACAUCCGCUGGAGGUGGAUGUUCAUCAUCUUCUGUCUCGCCUUUCUCCUGUCGUGGCUCUUCUUCGGCUGCAUCUUCUGGCUGGUGGCCAUCUUCCACGGGGACUUGGAGAAUGACGCCCAGAAGUGUGUCUCCAACGUGAGCAGCUUCACCGCUGCCUUUCUGUUCUCCAUUGAGACUCAAACUACUAUUGGCUAUGGCUACAGAUACGUAACUGACGAGUGCCCUGUUGCUGUCUUCAUGGUGGUUUUCCAAAGCAUCGUGGGCUGCAUUAUUGAUGCCUUCAUCAUUGGAGCUGUCAUGGCAAAGAUGGCAAAGCCCAAGAAGAGGAAUGAAACUUUGGUUUUCAGCCAUAACGCCACUGUGGCCAUGAGGGACAACAAGCUCUGCUUGAUGUGGCGUGUGGGAAACUUAAGGAAAAGCCACCUGGUUGAGGCACAUGUGCGAGCGCAACUCCUGAAAUCCCGAACGACAGCAGAGGGGGAGUACAUCCCCCUUGAUCAGAUGGACAUAGAUGUUGGCUUCGACAGUGGAGUUGACCGUAUCUUCCUGGUCUCCCCCAUCACCAUCGUCCAUGAGAUCGACGAGGACAGCCCCUUCUACGACAUGAGCAAACAGGACCUGGAGAACUCUGAGUUUGAAAUCGUGGUCAUCCUGGAGGGCAUGGUGGAGGCCACCGCCAUGACCACGCAGUGCCGCAGCUCCUACGUGGCCAGCGAGAUCCUCUGGGGCCAUCGGUUCGAGCCCGUGCUCUUCGAGGAGAAGAACUACUACAAAGUGGACUACUCCCGCUUCCAUAAGACAUACGAGGUGCCGAGCACCCCGCUGUGCAGCGCAAGAGACCUUGCAGAGAAAAAAUACAUUCUCUCAAACUCCAACUCCUUCUGCUACGAAAAUGAGAUGGCGCUGGAGAACAAAGAGGACACGGACGAGGGGAACGGGGGCAGCGUUGGGCCCGACGGCACCCAGACAGACAACAUCUCAGAGACUGAACACAGCCAAGCCACGGUGCCGCUGGAGCCCCGGCCUCUGAGACGAGAAUCAGAAAUAUGACUGUUCAGACGUCAGACCUCAUGUGAGAGAUUUUAUAAAAUCGCCUCUCUGCUCCGAAAGGCACGACGAGCCGAGCUGGGCCUUGGGUAGAGGACAAGCCGAACGGUACUGCUGUGGGAAGCGGCGAGAUUUAGGACUUUGUAUGUAAGAGUCUUUUGAGCUUCGACUACAUACAGUAUGAUAAAACACAGCACUAUGAACCAUGUGCAUAUUGCAGGAAGAAUUCUCCAUGAAGUCCCCACGAAUGUGUGCUCAGUGUCUGUUGACUGCAAGGUGACAGAGAGGAGGAAGGAGGUUGAGAUGACUUGAAAACUGCAGGCAUGUCUCAGUUUCUCUGUCCAGCAAGACGCUUUCAGGAAGGUGGUUUUUUAAAAAGACGUAUUCUCACCUCUUGAGAAUAUAUCCUCAAGUGCUGCUAGAAAAUAGUGGAAGCUAAACAACCAAAAAAAAAAAAAAAAAAAAGGCCCUUACAGAUGUUUUCUUUUUGACACUUUCUCAUUUAGAACCAAAGAGUACACGAAAGGCAGAUGUCUGGAACAAAGAAGGUACAACUAGAGUAUUUGUUCAUGAGCUGGUCUCAUAGCAGACAUCACAGAAGAAGAAAGAAAGUUCAAACAGUUUUUAGAAAACUCUUGUCUGAUUCUUCAGAUUUAUGCUUUGUUGAUCUGGGAGACCGUUCAUUGCUGGUCAGACUGAUGGAAACAUGCCUGCUCGUGUCAAGGGAGUCGAGCAGGGUAGUAUUAACACCAUCAAACUGACAGAAAUCAUUAAUUUAAACUGAGGCGGGGGUAAUAUGAGAAUCUGAAUGUUCUUAAAAGUGCUGCUAUGAUGUUGCUUCUUCUUUUUCUUUUUUUUUCUUUUUUUUUUACGGUUGAUAAAAAAUGCCAAAGAGUAUUAUUAUCAUAGUUAUGUGUUUCUUAAAACAACACCUGAUUAGAUUUGGUACAGAGAAGUAGAGCGUUUAGGAGUUUUAAUAAGGUUUGUUUUCAAGAAAGUGUGUACAGUUUUUUUUUUUUUUUUAACAUUGAUCAUCCUUAUCUUGAGCCACUUCAUCAAGCCUUAAUCCGGAAAGUCAAAAAGGGGGGAAGUUUACUGUGGAGAGCAGUAAACUAGAACGACAAGUUCUGUAGUGUUUGCUGAACUAAAACAAAUAUUUGGUUAACGGCUCACUGGUGUUUGGAGAAUUUGAACCAAAAAGUUGAUGGUGAUUUAAAGCCAAACCUGCUUUAAAAGUCUUGAAAUUGAAAAUUGUAUAUGAUGAAAAGAAAACUAGAUCUCCUCUCUAAUGUCUGAAUCUGAUACAGUGUUAUGAUUGGAGAUUUCAAAGUAAAAUUGUCUUUCAAAUAUAUCAAAUUUUUGAAGCCUUUUUCCCUUUUUUUUUUGUUGCUGUCAGCAGACCACAGAUCGGCCUACUUCUUUAUCAACACUACUUGAGUUUUCAUUGUAACGCUCUCAUUUUACUUGAGAAUGUAAGAUUUGAAAAAAAAAAAAAGUUCAAAGCCAAACGUACUGUAACCCUGGCUUAUGAAGGCGUACUGCACAAGAGUUUGCAUCAAUACAAAUUUAUAUCCUCUAUCUUUUUUUAAAAAGAAAACCGCGACGGAAGGCCUCCAAGGCUACAUAGAUCCUACAUGUGUAAAUACCUCCCUCCCUGUUGCAGUUAUUUUGUAUCAGUCUUCCAAAUGUACUGCAAAACCACGGAAUGUACAGAUUUUUGUAUUAAUAUUAUUAUUAUUAUUGUAUAUGAUAUUAUAUUGUUCUUUUUUCAAUAAAA